CAUGGAGACAUCAUCCAAGAGUCCAUGUAUGAUUUUAUUUGUUCUGCAACGUGACCAUGUUUCUCAGAGGGAUGUAGAAACAUUUGCACAUUUUCAGCCAAUGUUUGGAAAGAAAAUGGAGGAAAAUACUGUUGUAGUUCUGGUCAGUAGCAAUACUAAGACAUCAGCAAGGCCAAACAAGGUAACAAAUGAACACCUGGAAAAGAUUCUCUGUCGAAGUAGAAGGAAAGUGUGUGAUUUUAACAAAAAUCUGAAGCAAAGCGACGUCAUCAAAGAGCUGAUUACAUGUUGGAAGAGUGUGCCUGAGUUGCACAUAUACGAGCAUGAAAGCUCGUCCAUGUCUGUGGAAAGGGAGAUCUGCAAACCACAGGAAGCAAUGACACAAGAGCAUAUAUCAGAUAGAAUUCAUAACAAUACCAAUGAGGGAUACUAUUCCACGUCUGUGGAAAGGGAGACAUGCAGACCACAGGAAGCAAUGGCACAAGAGCAUAUAUCAGGAGGUAACCAAGCUGCUAUCAAGAAGAAAAACACCUUGACCAUUGUGCUUCUGGGACAGACAGGAAGUGGAAAGAGCGCUACUGGAAACACCAUCCUAGGAAAGCGUCAUUUUGAAUCAUAUGCCAGUUCUGUGCCAGUAACACAGGUGUGCCAGACGGCGGAGGAAACUGUUUGUGGAAUCAAAAUCAGGGUCAUAGACACCCCAGAUUUCUUUGACGAAGAUCUAAAAAACCAACAAGAACAGAUAAAGAAGUGCAAAGAGGUCACUCAGCCAGGGCCUGAUGUGUAUUUACUGGUGAUUGAGCUUGGCCGUUACACAGAUGGGGAGAGAGAAAUAGUUCAGAACAUACAAAGAGCGUUUGGUGCAGAAGUGGUAAAAGACACCAUUGUUCUGUUCACUAGCAAGGACAAAUUAAGAGGGAAAACUGUAGCAGAGUACAUUAAAAACACUGACACGCAGCUGCAAGAGCUGAUCAGAACAUGUGGGUCAAGGUGUCAUGCAUUUAACAACAACAAUGACCACAAUGUUUCACAAGUUGAAAGGCUGUUAGAGAUUAUUUUGGAAAUGAAGAAGAAAAAUGGAAAUACUGACGUAGAACAUUACUCAUUUUGUAAGGAAUCAGAGAAAAAAGACUGCAGAAUUCAGUAG